AUGAAGCGACAGAUCAAACGCAGGGUCUGGGACAACGCCGUCAAAUCACCUUCGGGGCGCGAUCAAGACUUCUGGCCCUCAAAGCUCUUUGAAUACUUGUUUGAAAGAGAGGCAAUCUCGAACAUUGUUCGACAUCUCGUCAGACAACGUUUACUUACCGCGGAACACGGCGAGGUUCCCUCCAACACCUGUCAGCGGUGGACCAACACCAUCUUGGGAAGGGUUGAGACUUCUGCAAGCUAUCGUCUGAUUUUUGCCAUUCUCGUCCUCAUGCAACAAGGUCACUGUAUUCAAAGCUUUGUCCAAGAGGGAUUCACUGACGAAAAUCUACCUCUGCAACGCGACCAGAUUACAGACUAUCAAGAACAGAGAUAUCAUCAGCCGAAUCGUCCUUUUGGCGAAUGGGAUCCUCUGGAUGGGGAAACCUUUUACAAAUUGCAGUGUCGGCUAUUCGUCCGCUACAUUUCCAAAUCCUCACACAAGGGAGAAGUUUCUCAUUAUAGCUUUGAUGAGACUCACAUACUCCCAUGGGUCACGAUAUCCAAUCCGGUCUCUUUCAUGAAACCUGACGGAGCAACCUCUAUGAGCUUGGGUGGUGGAUUCGGGGAAGUGAAGCAAAUCGUGAUACACGCUUGGCAGCAUGGUUUCCACAAGACCCUUGAAGAGAUAUCUGCCGACCCAGGAUGUUUUGCCCUCAAAAAGCUUUAUAUUCCCAAUAGACAGGAAUUUGAUCAGGAAGUCAAGCACUUGAAACGAUUCGGCGGGAGACACCCCCACAUCGUCACACUUCUUGCAACUUUCACGCGCCGUACCAAUGGUACUACCGAGUACCUCCUAUUGUUUCCUUGGGCCGAAUGCGAUCUUCUCAAGUUCUGGGAGCGGCAAUCUUCACUAGAAAGAAAUCACGAAUUCUUUCUUUGGGUGGUGGGCCAGAUCUGUGGCAUUGCUGAGGCUUUGAGCUACAUCCAUGACCCCAAUGACACGGACCACUUAGACGCCAACGGGAAACGUCUCUAUGGAAGACAUGGUGACAUCAAGCCAGAAAACAUUUUGUGGUUCAAGUCCAGAGGCAGGGGCACCCUAGUUCUCUCUGAUCUUGGUCUUACUCGAACACACGGACAGGAGAGUCGUUCCAAUCGACCAGGGGCAGAAAUCCCCGUCUCUCCCAACUACAGGCCUCCUGAGUGUGAUAUUGAAGGUAACGAGGGUCGUAUAUCUAGAUCUUUUGAUAUUUGGACUCUCGGGUGUCUCAUACUUGAGUUUAUAGUGUGGACCCUUGAUGGAUGGAAAGGUUAUCAGGAGUUUAAGCACAGGCGCAUGUCACCGUACAUCAAUUGCCACGACACGCCUAUCUAUUUUGAGAUUGUCCGGGUAUCUGAUGAGAACUAUGCUUUCAACAUCAAACGAAGCGUUACCGAGGAGUUUGACAGAUUACGAGGACACGAGAAGUGCUCUCAACUGAUCAGUGACUUGCUAGCCCUGGUUCAAAACAGAAUGUUGAUAGUCCAGUCUGUUAAUCACAGGCGAAUCGCAUCAUCUGAUCUUUGUCAAGAAUUGAGUUUGGUGCAAAAUCAAUGCAGUCGGAGGGGGUACUGCAUGUUACCACCUUCAUCACCGACGGCUAUCGAGCUUCCUGUGCCCGUGGAGGCACAUCUCAAUAAGGUGGCGCAGAGGCACAUUGCGAAUAUUGACGAUGGUGAUUUUGAUGCAAUUAUCAUGGACUAUGAUGGUCCGACACGAUCAGCAGCUGCCAGGUAG